AUGGAGCACGAUCUGAUCGACAUUGAUGGGUACAGAAAAAUAGUGCGAAAUUUUAUCGAUCUGCGUCGCUAUCAGACGGCACUGUUUUGGGCAGAGAAGGUUACAGUUUUGAGUAACGGUGACCCGCGCGAUGUUUACUGGGAGGCGCAAUGCAUGUUCAUGUUGGGAGAAUAUCACCGAGCUGCACAUUCUAUCCGCAGUCGAUCGCUAGAAAAGACUAACCUUCUGUGUCACUACUUAGCGGCGGAAUGUUUAAACGAAGCCAAGGAAUACCAGUGUGCGUUGGACAUUCUGAACUCUGUCGACUGUGAGACUCUGAGCUGCGGGUUAACCAGUCGGAUCGAAUCAUACGAGUCAAGCCUAAAGGAUGACUCAACAACGGACGAAAGUCAUAAUGAUAGUGUGUACGAAGAGCCAAGCAAAAACGACACUGUUGCAUCGGUGUACUUUCUCAAAGGAAAGAUAUUGGAGUCUAUGGAUAAUCGAAGUUUAGCAAUGGACUGCUAUGUACAAGCACUCCACAAAUCCGUAUACUGUACCGAAGCGCUGGAUGCUUUGGUGCAGCAUGACAUGUUGAUGGCAUGGGAAGAAAAGGAGCUAAUGCAGCACAUUCCAAUGGCGCAGCAGUGUACGGAGCCCGAAAGAAAGGUGUUAAAAUGUUUGUACGAGAGCAGACUGAAAAAAUAUUAUGAAUCAAUCGUGUUGCAAUCCAAUCUGGAUGAUCCACCCGUGCCCUCCAUGAACACCAGCUUAUGGCAUGAGCUGAAGGAAAAGAUGAAAAAUUGCAAAAAUAAUGAAACGAAAAAAUCAUCGAUUUCGAAAUGUUUUACCCCAUCGCUUUCUCAAAAAUUCCGUCAUAGUCAAAUCAUGUCACCAGCGACAAAAAUUCUUGAAGAUCUAAAAAAUAAUCCUUCCUAUUUGAUACACACCUCUCUAACUCGCGCCUCACUGCUUAGUACAAGUAUGGCAGGUGGAUCCACCAGUCUGACUGCAGCAGGAACAAACAAAACACGGCAGGAAACGCCUUUCCGAAUCAAUCGGCCUAAGACCUGCUCGAGAAAGUCAGCUAUAACGUAUGAACAGUGCAUGAGCAAGCUCGAACAGAGCAUCGAUUUGAUGAUUGCUCGGGCAGAAAAAUACUUCUACAAUUGCGACUAUCGAAGGUGCAUAAAAACGUUGGAGGAAAUAUUGAAGAACGACCCGUAUCACAAGCGAUCACUUACGGUCCAGAUCGGUUGCUUAAUGGAGAUGAAGGACUUUAAUCGGUUGUUCUACGUCGCACACAAGCUGGUUGACUACUAUCCUGAUGAUGCAAUAUCAUGGUAUGCAGUAGGAUGUUACUACGAUCUUAUAGGCAAAAGCGACCCAGCGAGGCGUUAUUUGUCCAAAGCCACUUCAUUGGAUCGAUUAUACGGCCCGGCCUGGUUGGCUUACGGUCACUCUUUUGCCAAGGAAAACGAACACGAUCAGGCGAUGGCAGCAUACUUCAAGGCAACACAGUUGAUGCGGGGAUGCCACUUGCCAUUGCUCUACAUCGGCGUAGAGUGUGGAUUAACAAAGAAUCCUGAAAUGGCUGAGAAAUUUUUCUAUCAAGCUAUGUCGAUUGCUCCGUUGGACGUAUUUGUGUUGCACGAGCUAGGUGUUAUAAAGUAUGAGCACGAACAAUACGAGUGUGCGGAGGAAGUGUUUCGCAGCACUUUGGAUAUGGUACGAAGCAUGGUGAAGCAAAACGAUGAACAACUGACCGCCCGCUGGGAGCCACUGCUGAAUAAUUUGGGACACUGUUGUAGGAAAAACAAAAAGUACGAAGAAGCCCUGGAGUUCCACCGAUGGGCUCUUUCUUUGAAACCUCUAAACGCAGCUACCUACACGGCGAUCGGGUUUGUGCAGGCCUUAAUGGAUCAGCUGUAUGACGCGGUAGAUUCGUUUCACAAAAGCCUAUCCCUUAAGCGAGAUGACGUGUUCACUACCACCAUACUAAAGUACGUCAUCCAGGAUCUGACAGAGGAGCAAUCGGUUUCCUUCUUUUCUGCUGAAGGUGUUGAGGAGGAUUUCGACGAGAAAGAUGCAGAUGUAGCAGAAUCGGCGAAUGUUGGUCCCAGCCCCGCGAACAAACGAAAUGCAUCGAAUGAUAACGACGAUGAUGGAGGAGAAAUCGGUGGUACACGUCCCACGUUACGUAUGCAAUUGAACUUUGACGAUUGGUACACGAAAGCGUCUCCGAUGAGUGAUACUAGUGCGGAUGAUAUGAGUAUUGAUAUUUAAAAAGGCAGCAAUCGCAUGGCUGUUGGAACACAUAAAAUUCACUUACACACGGCUCUUUCUGCCCAUGGAAGCGGUUUGUUUGCUUGCGUGUGUUGUUGCAAAUGAUGUUCUUGCUCAAUUGUUCUG